GAAGAGCUAGAUAAAAUAAUAAGCUCCUACAUAUCAAAUCACGGAACUGCCACUGGGCAAAACUAUGUUGGAGGUCACUUGAGUUCCCUUGGAUUAAGGAUUCAGAGAAGGCGAAUAAGAGAAAUUAAUGCAAGAGUGGACCCCCAAAACACUGCGUUAAGGUGGGGGGUGGUUGUUUCCCGUCGAACUUACCAAGUUCCAUGGCCAAAUUCACUGUGGCACUUCGAUGGCCAUCAUUCAUUGAUAAGAAGGAAAAUUGUCAUACAUGGGUGCAUAGAUGGAUUCUCCAGGCGAAUUAUUUUCCUAAGAAGUAACUCAAACAAUUUAGCUGAAACGGUUCUUGAUCUUUUUCUGGAUGCUGUACAAAGAGAUGGAAACCUUUGGCUCUCUAGAAUUCGCGUUGAAAAAGGUGUGGAAAAUGUUCCGGUGUGUGAUGCAAUGGUACAAGCAACAGAGGUUCGAUAA